CAUGGUUCCGAGGAGGAGGAGAAACUGAUGGCGUUCCUAGUUCCAGAGCAGUACCAGUCUAACGUUAGACCGGUCAUAAAUGACUCUGAUGCUCUCACAGUUUACAUGGGUCUAUCAAUCUCACAGAUUAUCCACGUGAACGAGAGAAACCAAAUUAUGAUGACAAGCCUGUGGGUGAGACAGCGAUGGGAAGAUUAUCGUCUUGUUUGGGACCCAGCAGACUACGGUAACAUCACAAUGGUUCAUAUCCCUAUCUUUCUCCUCUGGAAACCAGACAUCGUCCUCUAUAACAAUGUUGGAGGUUCCUACGCUAUUGAGAAGUUGACAGUGACUCAGGUCUACCCCAACGGUACCGUGGACUGGUUCCCUCCCGCCGUCUACAGGAGCUCCUGCCCUAUCAACAUCCACAACUUCCCCUUCGAUGAACAGCGGUGCCCCCUGAAAUUCGGAUCCUGGACCCAUGAUUAUAGCAAGAUUGACCUGCAACCCAUCUCGGAGUUCGUGGGUCUCGAGCGGUUUUGGGAAAACCAGGAAUGGGACAUAGCCGAGACACCAAUCGAGAGGCACAAACUCCAGUAUCCUUGUUGUGACACCGACACCUUUGUGGACCUGACCUUUACCUUCGUCUUGCACCGGAAGUCGUUGUUUUACGUCGUGACCUUUGUACUACCGUGUAUCAUGAUUGCGUUUCUGACCAUCUUUGUCUUCUACGUGCCGUCCAAUUGUGGCGAGAAGGUAACGCUUUGCAUUUCCAUCCUCCUCGCCCUCAUCGUGUUCCUGCUCCUGAUCGCCGAAAUGAUCCCGACGACCUCGGGUUCGAUUCCGCUCAUCGGCAUCUAUCUCCUCUUCUCCAUGGCCAUGGUCAGCGUGUCCAUCACCGUCACCGUCAUCAUCAUCAAUCUCUUCCACCGGUCCGCACUGACACACACCAUGCCAAAGUGGGUCAAGACGGUUUUCAUCGAUACCCUACCACCGUACCUUCACAUGAAGAGGCCGGAGAACUACAAGUCAUUCUAUCCACAAGCUGAUCAACAGGAAGUGGACCACAGCAAUAAUGUCCACCUUACAAGAAUGAUGUACGGUCGGAACUCGGACACUGAGCGUCAAUGCUUCAACCGUCAUCACCCAUACCUGAGGGGAGGCUGCGGCACCGGGUCGGACGGGCUCCCCAACCUGCACAACCUCGGCGUGGACAACGAAUGGCAAACACACGGUCACGAGACCGAGGAAGAGAUGCUGAUGGAUGCCAACAUCGACAUCAAGAGAUUGAGGGACAAUGGGAAGACACCAGCCCGGCUCAAAGAAGGACUCGAGUAUCUUAAUUACAUAGUAGAGAGGACCAAAGACGCCGAUAAAGACCAUAAGGUCCAAGCAGAAUGGCAUUACGUCGCCAUGGUGAUUGAUCGUAUAUUUCUCUGGGUUUACAUCGUCAUCGUUCUGGUUGGGAGUAUGGGAAUCUUCCUCUAUUCGCCGUUGCUAUGGGAGACCAGUGAUGCUCACAUACCAGUCCCCUGGGAGAAACCUAUCGAAGUCAACAGAACAGAAUAUCUCGCUUCACUGGGAAAGAUGUGAGGAGUCUAAAAGAGCACUUUUAUCCAUUUCUGGUCUCUUGCGUCAGUCAACAACAUCGCAGUCAUGACAAUCCAAGUGGUGCUAUGAACGAUAUCGAAUAUUUCUUCACAACUUCUUGCCAGAAAAAAGAUGGAAUCGCCUUAAUAACAUUUUUAUCUGAUAUGACCAAUAUUACUAUUAAUGUUAACGACACAACAUUUUCAUCAGUUUUCAUUGCUUUCUCAUAAUUCAUUUUGUAAACGAGACUGAUCAGAAGAAUUUGUUGUAAAAAUAUACUUUUUUUUCGUUAUUUUUGUUAUGAAGGGGUCAACCAACUGGCGAUAAUUGCGCAUUAUUAUGUAUUAUGUGUUUUAUGUUCCUAUGAUUUUAAAGUAUCGUGAUAUUAAGUGAUUUAGCUUAGGUUAUUUCCCAUCAUCUUUAUUGACAUUAGUCACAUAAUGAGAGAAAUAUGGUGAUGUUGAUAUAAGGCCAAUAAAGGAGAUGGGAGAGGGUUUAUACCGUCCCCUAUAGUAAACAGGGGAAAAAGACGGGCAUAUAAAGCUGUGGAGAAAUGUGUCGUGCUACUUAAUGCCCAAAUCUUUAUUUUGCUCCUCCCCCAUAUCAAAAAUACCUUAGCGCCAUCACUGUGUACAAAUAUUCUUAAAUAGCCCAAUCAUGACUCAUGAUUAUUGAGGAUUUGACAUUCAGAAGUGGUAUCAUUCACUCAAAAAGAUGAAAGUGUCGGUUUCUUAAAAAAUAAAGAUCGUGUGUAUCUUUUAACGUUUUAUUGCCUAUAUACAUGCAGAGCAUGGUUUAUUGUAAUGUCAACAUUGCACUUUUUAUUUUCGACUUUCUAUGUGACUACAAGCUCAAAGUGAGAGAGAGGGAGCUUUUGAAUUCAAAGGCACACUUUCUUGAACGUUAAUGGGGGAAACAUUACGUUUGUAUAUGUAAACAGGCUUUGUUAAGCUUGAUAAUCUUGUAAACAUAGUGUAUAAAAUGUGCCAACACAAAUUAUGUUUAAGUUUUUGUCGCCACUGAAUAUUACAAAUAGACAAGGAAUAGAAUGCAUUGUUCAGUUUUCUGGCGUUUGUUUUUUAUUUGCUAAUAGUUAUUUAUUAUGAUGCAUAUUCCAACGAUCCUCAAAAGUUUGGUCAAAUCUUGCCAAUGCAUUUUGAGGUUUCCUCCCUGUUUUACUUUCCAUGUCAACGAAAGGACUUGUCAUCAAUAUUGAUAAUAGCACUGAUGAAUGACAGUUUUCUUUGUUGAUGAAAAACGCAAUAUUUGCACAUGUCAACAAAGUAAAAGUAA